AAAAUUGGGAAUUUCAUACUUGUAUGUAGCUUCCCUAAAGAACCAUUAGGGAUGCACUUCAAAGUCCUACACUGUGGCUGGGUUCGAAACCGGAUACUUAACUACUAUUCAUGCUAGUGACGUCCCUUGUUACGAUGCAUGACGCAUGCGCACACUGGCCGCCAAUAUAUGUAUAUAUUUUCGAUUAACCUUCGGAGAAAAGCAUCAUUGACGGUUGUUAAAACUUAUUUCAUACCAUCCCCGAAGAGAUUAAAUGACAUUGAGACUUUUAUUCCCGUCAGAAUGACCACGUCUCAGUGAAGUUUUGAAACUUCGUAGCCUAGCUUAGCUUAGCUUGCUAGCUGCUAACAAAGAGACCCGGAAGUUAGCGACGCAACGCUAUCGUGUUGCGAUGUGUAAAGUGCGAAUGCUGAGAGCGUUGGUGAACCAGCGACUAACUGCGGCUGCGGAAGAAAUACUCGCAGUGUUGGAAAGAACCAUAGCGGAGUACGAGGGGGAACUUUGUCGAACAAAAGAGGAGAACGAGCGACAACGUCGACUGCUGGACGCCGUUUUCGAGAAGCCUCAUGUUGUGCUCCACAAAGCGGAAGACAGUGAAGAACAUCUUCAACCUGAGCAGCAGGAGUGGAACUCCAGGGUGGAGUUGAAGGAGCCAAAGACGCCCCCCGUUAAAGAAGAAGAGGAGGAUCACAGCAUCAGUCAGGAGCGAGAGAAUCUUGUCGGAGUGGAGGGGUUCCCGGUGAUUUGUGUCACCGUGAAGAAUGAAGAUGAUGAAGACAAAGAUCAAAAUGAGAAAAAGAGAAGGGUGGAGCCUACAAGCAGCGGCAGAAGUCAACACCUGGCAACAGAACCUGAUGGAGACCACGGUGGAGGAUCACCGGCACACGACCUCUUAGCUCCGCUAUCAGAUAGCGACGACACAACGUCACGCUCCCCUGACAACGCUGAUGAAGACUCCGAAGCCGAUAAAACGUGUCACGGCGACGACACACGCUGGAAAUGCUCUCAGUGUGACAAAAAUUUUGUCAGCAAGAGAAAUCUCAAACUACACACGAGGCGGCACACAGGAGAGAAACCUUUUGCUUGCUCAGUUUGCGGUAAAAGAUUCAUCGAUAAGUCAAAUUUGAAACUGCACACAAGCAUGCACACCGGAGAGAAACCUUUUCCUUGCACAGUGUGCGGUAAAACGUUCUCUCGGCGAUCACAUUUGAAAGUACACGCAAGCGUACACACUGGAGAGAAACCUUUUCCUUGCACGGUGUGCGAUAAAAGAUUCUACCGCGAAGGUGAUUUAAAGCAACACACGAGAAUACACACCGGAGAGAAACCGUUUCCUUGCUUGGUGUGUGGGAAAAGAUUCUCCCGGCAGUCCCAUUUGAAAGUACACACAAGAAUACACACCGGAGAGAAACAUUUUCUUUGCUCCGUGUGCGGGAAAAGAUUCAGUCAAAAAGGUGAUUUAAAGCAACACACAAGAACGCACACCGGAGAGAAACCUUUUCCUUGCACGGUGUGCGGUAGAAGGUUCUCUCGACGGUCCCAAUUGAACUUACACUCAAGAAUACACACCGGAGAAAAGAACUUUUCCUGUUUAAUGUGUGAUCAGCGAUUUACAAAUAAUACAGACUUGACUGAACACGUAAGAAUCCACAGUGUGGAAUCACUGGAACACUUGGGAAUUGCACGUUUGACCUUAAAGAAAAAAAAACACACCAGAGCAGGGAAUACUGCAUGUGCUAUAGCGCAGGAUUGGGACUUCAGGAUGGAAGACGUUAAAGAGGAAGAGGAGGAUUUGGAUCCACAGCUACUCUCCAUGAAACAGGAAGAUCACAGCAUCAGUCAGGAGGGGGAGCAUCUCGAAAGAUUGGAGGAGUUUUCCGUGAUUGGUGUCACCGUGAAGAGUGACGAUGAUGACGAUGAUGACGAUGAUGAAGGUGAAAGUGAGGAGGAGCCUCCGAGCAGCAGCUCAGCUCAACACGUGACAACAGAAGCUGAUGGAGACCACGGUGGAGGAUCACGAGCACACAACCUCUUAGCUCCGCUAUCAGACAGCGAUGAGACGUCACACUCCCCUGACACUGAUGAUGAUGAUGAUGAUGAUGAUGAUGAUGACGACUCCGAAGCUGACAUGACACGUCACACGGAAAACACACACUGGAAAUGCUCUCAAUGUGACAAACGUUUUGCUUACAAGGAAAAUCUGAAAAGACACAGCAGACUUCAUACAGGAGAGAAACCUUUCACUUGCUCAGUUUGUGGCGAAAGAUUCCCCAUGUGGUCAAAAUUGAACGCGCACACAAAGACACACACUGGAGAGAAACCUUAUCCCUGCGCGAUGUGUGGUAAAACGUUCUCUCAGCGGUCACAUUUGAAAGAACACACAAGAAGACACUCGGCAGAGAAACCCUUUCCUUGCACUGUGUGUGGAAGAAGAUUCUCUCAAACAAGCGAUUUAAAAACUCACACAAGAACACACGCCGAAGAGAAACCGUUCCCUUGCACGGUGUGUGGGAAAAGGUUCUUUCAAGCAAGCGUGUUAAAGAUACACACUAGAAUUCACACUGGAGAGAAACCUUUUCCUUGCGCUGUGUGUGGGAAAACGUUCUCUCAGAGGUCGAAUUUGAAAGCACACACAAAAACGCACACCGGAGAGAAACCUUUCCCAUGCACGGUGUGCGGGAAAAGAUUCUGCCAAGCCAGUGAUUUAAAAAUGCACACAACACGGCACACCGGAGAGAAACCUUUUACUUGCACCGUGUGCGGUAAAAGAUUCUGCCAGCGGUCGCGUUUGAGAGAACACACAAGAAUCCACACCGGAGAGAAACCUUUUUCUUGCACCGUGUGCGGUAAACGUUUCUCUCAGAAGAGAUCUUUGACGGGACACGCAAGAGCUCACGGCGGAGAAAAAAACAUUUCCUGUUCAACGUGCGGUCAGCGAUUCACGUAUCGCGCAAACUUGACCAAACACCUGAGAACUCACACUGCGGAAUAACAGGAAAAGUCGGAAGGACGAAUCCGGAUGGAUUUCAAAGGACACAAUAAUGGAACAGGAAGGUUGUGCUAAUACGAGCCUGACUGUCUCCACCACUGCUCCUGUAGAGCAGCUACACAGAAUAAGCAGCACAUAAAUCUUUCUAGAUCUUCCAGAAUCUGCACCUAUUCCGGCAGUGCUCACGAGGACUUCUGGAUAGCUGCCGAACCCAACUUUAUAGGAGUUGAUAAUAGACGGUGCUUUAUCUUUUUAGAAUGUCCGCAAAUGUGUUGGAUCCUGGAUCUGAUCUGGUCAUACUUGGUUUAAGUCAUUAGAUUCAUAUGACUUAAUGACUUAAACCAAGUCAUACUUGGUUUAAGUUAUUAGAUUCAUAUAUAAAUAUAUUUAUUUGGAAAAAUAAAUAGUCUUAAAAUAAAUAGUCUAAAAAGUUUUUAGACUUAUUAGUGCUGGCUUAUCAAUCAAUCAAUCAAUC